AUGGAGCAGGCGCCGUGGAAGGCUUUCCGUGUGGUCGAAGGGGAAACGAGUCGCUCCCACCAGCUGAGGGUUCCUGCUGGAUCUGCUGUUGGUGACUUCUGCGAUCAGCUUGCGAAACGAGGCCUUUUCCCAGCUGACCUUGAUGUGGUAGACCUCAAAGUGUUCGCCAACCGGGCGAAAGACAGUUUUGAGAAGUACGGAGCGGAUACCAUGGAUCCAAUUAUCGUGAAAGUGCCCCAAGUCUGGUUCAAGAUAAUGAAAACCGAUGGCCACGUCACCGGUGAAGCAUCGGUUCCACUAGCCGAGUACAAGACGAUUCACCAUCUACAGAAUGCACUGGAGGCGAAAUACCGCAGUACCCAUUUCGCUGGCGUCGCUGCAAAUUCCCUCCAGGUGUUCAACGGCAGCGUGGGGCCUUUGGGUGUCGGCUUGCAGAUUGGAUCGCUUGGUCAACCGAUGGAGGAGGCGCUCAUCGUGACCGUGGCAUGCACAAGAGGCCGGGAGGAAACGAAGGAAGUAGCUGAUGAUAACCCGGCAAAGCGGCAGCGAGCCGAUAUCGAUAGGAAGUGGGUCUGGCGAGAAGAGGAGACAGUCGAUUCUGUACAAGGUGGCAGAAUGGCUUUUGUGAACCCUGAUCAUGCGAUGGGGCAGCUCCGGGAAUUCCACGAAAGAAACUAUAAUCGAGCAAACGCCGGUCUUGGUGGUCAAAUGUGGGCGGUCCCUUUGGUGGACAAUGUGCUUGGCAUCGGGAAAACAAGGUUUGGCGCCGAGUACAUCCGAAGAUGUCAACAAUUAUGGGCUGCUGACCCCAAUCAAGUGGACGACAGUUUCCUGGGCACGUUAAGCAAGUGCCACACGAUCCACAUUCAGUUUUCCCCAAUGGAUCUCCUGGAUGCCGAGUCGGAGUUUAAUUUUGUGAAGGCCGUCGCUGCCUUCGUGAGGCACGUCUGUCGUGUAUUCGAGCUCAAGUACGGCGGGUUGCCUCGUGCUCUCAGCCCCAAGUCGCUGGAAGACCGCACGAGCAUUUACCUUGUUUUCGCGUAUUUGAUGCUCGAAGUGGGCCCACUGUUGAUCGUGAUUGACAAAAUUGGCGCGGCAUUUGAUACCGAGAAGCUUGAUGACGCUGGGAAACGCGAAUGCCUCAAGAAGUUCUGCAUAAACAUUCUGCAGCCGAUAUUCUCGAUUCAUCGGUUGUUUUUCUUGAACGACCGUUCCUGA